AUGAAGGAGCGGUUACAAUGUACCUUCUACAUAGAGGCCAAAAAACGGCAUUGUGGGAUGACUCGACACGCUGCUAACAAGUUUUGCUCUGAGCACCUGGCGAAAUCAAACCACUCUCCAACCGUCCAGGUUGCCAAUGGCUUGGAGUUCAAGAGAGUGCCGUGUCCAGUUGAUCCUAAACACACAGUAUGGGAGCACAAAUUGGCCAAACACGUGCAAAAGUGCAGCUCGUUGGCGAAACCUAUUACCGCAUCGUGGUUUGAGCUAGACUGUAACUCAUGCAAAGUGACAGAUAAUGUUUUAAAGGGCCAUCCCACCGAUGAAGAGUUUGUGGCAUUUGUGGAGAAACUGGAGAAAAUAUAUGAGGUUUGUGGAUUUGCAGAGAUACCAUUAGAACAGUUAACAUACGAAAAAGAAGGGCUUCAAGAGAGAUUCGAGAUCUUGAAGGAGUCCAAUCAGAAGCAUGUUAUACAGCAAUCGUCCAUGAUCCAACAUUUGGAGCAACUGGGUGCCCUCAGCGAUUCGGAAUUGAGUUUUGUGGAGUUCGGGUGUGGUAGAGCUGAACUUUCGUACUAUCUCUCCAAGGUACUACAGAAGAGGAACGAGACCCAGAAGGUGAAAACCCAAUUCUUAUUGGUUGAUAGAGGGAAUCCAAGGAUGAAGUUUGACCAUAAAAUGAGAGAGUCAGGCAUCAAUGCCCGAAGAGUGAAGGUUGACAUCAAGGAUUUGAUAGUCGAAAAAGCUUUAAGAGAAGAAGCAGAGCAAGAUACUUCCGGGUAUUUCGGGAUUUCAAAACAUCUUUGUGGAGUGGCCACCGACCUCACCCUCAGAUGUGUCAUUAACAGUGAUCUAGCCAAAUUCAGGGGAAUGACAAUUGCAAUGUGUUGCAGACACUGUUGUCAAUACGACCAGUUAUUGGCGGGUAGCAAGGACUAUCUGACUGAAUUGGGGAUCUCCAGACCAGAAUUCCAACUCAUGCUUAUCAAGAUGGUUUCCUGGGCAACCAGUGGGAAAGAGAGCUACAAAAAAGGCGAGAACACCGAGCACUUUACUGGACGCUCAAUUCAAGAACGGUUUGAAAUUGGGCUCAAAGCCAGAAGGAUCGUCGACGAGAGUAGACUGAGAGGUCUUCGCAACCAUGGACUUGUCGGAAAGCUCGUCAGGUAUGUGAGUUUUGACACAAGUCCGGAAAACUGUCUGUUAAUUGUGGGACCCAAGACCGGCUAA